AUGAAACGGACAACGAAUGCGAAUGAUAACCGCACGGCGACCGUUCGCUGCGACGUGCCGACCGCAUCUGGUCUCCGCCCGUCAGCGUGUAACAACGAAACCCCCCUGGAAGCUCGGAACGCGGUUUCGCUAUUGAAAAAUCUUAAUUCACCACCCUCCCUGUACGGCGCCCGACGUUUUGGAACUGAGGUACGGAACCGCUGCGCCAGUUACUAA